AUGACGGUCGUUACGGACACCCCCAUCGUUGCAGAGGCGCUGUUUGACCAAAUCUCUGAGACGUAUGAAGAUGCAUACGGCGACAACAUUGGAUUGAACACGGCCUUUGCCAGGCUAAAUGAAUAUCAUGAGCCUGGCUCAUCAAUUCUCGACGUCGGCUGUGGUCCUGGGGGGCCUGCAUCCCGCCUGAUCAAAGCGGGCUUUAACGUUACAGGCAUCGACGUCUCGCAAAAUAUGAUUGACUUUUGCCAAAAGAAUUUCGCUGGCACCUUUCACAAGGCUAAUAUGACGACCUAUGAUCCACCUCAACAAUUUGACGCCAUCGUUUCACUUUUCAACCUGUUCCAGGAAUCAUAUACAACAACAUACUCAAUGCUGUUCAAAAUGGCAUCCUGGCUCCGUCCUGGCGGCACUCUCAUCCUGGGAACAAUCGCCGCAGAGGAUUAUACUGACGAUGAAGCCGCUCUAAGGACCAUCCGGCAAAAUCAGUACAUUGAGCACUUCGGCGCUGAUUUCAUGGGAAGAGUUAUCCCUGCCACGUUCAUCACCAUGAGAGGGUGGCUCAGCAUCGUGCAACAGGCAGGACUCUUCAUCCACGUCGUUGACCACUGUGGGUUCGAAAUCAAGGGCUGUGGCCGCAAGGAGAAACAUUUGUUUAUCACCGCCAAGAAGCUAAACUUGGAACCGCUCUUCGGGCCGUACCCUUUGCCCAAUUCGCGAAGGCGUCCACAUCUUCUGAGUGAGGGAGCAUGGAAACCUUUUGCAGAGCGGCUUACGCGUCAUGAGUUUGAUGCUGUGCUCAAGGCUGUCGAGUCGAAUAAAGAGGUCCUUGACAUUGGUAGUGGCCAUGGCGAAUUACCAGUAGCAAUCGCUAAGCAGCUUGGCAAAGCUUACGCCAUUGAACCAAACUGCGACAGAAACGAGCUUCUUGUCAGCAACAGCUCACAAUCGAGCGUUGAGAUCCGCCAAGGAACAGCCGAGAAGCUGCCCUUCGAGGACAACAAGUUUGACGCCGCCGUAGCCCUCUGGAUCCUACAUUACGUCGACGACCUAGAGCAGUCGCUCACCGAAAUGGCCCGCGUGGUAGAUCCUACCGCUCCCAACGCCCGCAUCGUCAUCGUCCAGGGGGCACCAGACAACGAAGUCGUCAACCUCAUCAACAAGGCUUGUGCCUCCAUCGCUCAGGAGAGCAUGUUGCCUGGGGAAUCUGCCAUUGACCACCAGGGCUUACUGCUCGCCACGGCAGCCAGAGUCUUUACCCAGCACGGAUUCGGCGACGUCUCGGUUGCACGGGUCGAUGCGCACUGCAACUUCCCCGAGGAGGACAUUUCCGUUCGCUGCAGCAAGGCAACGGAUGUCCUGACAGAUUUCUGGUACAAGGAUCAUCCGCGAAACGGUGACAUGAAAAAGGUGUUCCCGUCAGUCUUGAAGGAGCAUUUUGCAAGUAGGCCGCUGGAGUUAGACCAAGGCCUGGCGAAGGGGGAUCUAUAUAAAGGUGCAGUUAUCCCCCUAGAAAUCAGAAAUUAUGUCGAGUUUCUUCAAUUGGCACUUGCCUCGAUACAAUACUGCGGUCCUACCAUGUCUCUUCUGGUACCAACUUCGGUGGCCGGAGUUAUUGCCUUCUUCUGCUCCCUAGUAGCUCUCCAUCAUGUUGUUACCAAGCUUCGUGUAUACAUCAAGCUGCGACAUAUCAAUGGCCCGCCAUCGGCCAACUUCUCUAGCUGGCUACAUAUGAGAGCUCUCCUACAAUAUAAGCCCGCCGAAUGGUAUCAGCAUGUCACCGAAAACUAUGGACCAAUCGCCAAAAUUGCACCCAACCUCAUCGUCACGUCCUCGCCAGAAAUAUGGAUGAAUAUAAACACCAAGCCUGGCUACACUCGUGCCGACUGGUUCUUUAGAGCUAUGCGUGUCGACUAUCAGCAUGAUCAUCUCUUUUCGCUGACGGAUAAUGCUGAACAUGAUCGGAGACGAAAGCUUCUCGGCCCUGGGUUCUAUGGAACUGAAUGCUCCUUUGAACUAUCCAUCAAUGAGCGUCUUGAGGAGCUACUUCAUCUCAUCAAAUCCAAGUACCUCUCCUCUGACUCAAACAUGGUACCUGUGGACAUGGCAGCCAAGGUCCAGUAUUAUACCCAUGACGUUAUCAGUACCAUUACUUUCGGCAAGCCUUUCGAUAUGCUCCAGAACGAUACUGAUACAAAUGCCUACAUCCAGUCGAUAAAAGAGGGGUUCCUCGUUGCCAAUGUUCUAAUUGCCCUCGGACUUGCAAAGAUCUCUCAAUCGUCACUUAUCGGCCCAGCACUAACUCCUGGACCCAACGAAGAGACAGGAUAUGGAAAAUUACUUGCAGUGUCCACCAAAAUGAUAAAGGAACGCGAGGCGAAUCCCCACGAAAAAUCAGAGGACAUGCUCGACUCAUUUAUCAGGCAUGGUAUAACGGGUGAUGCCCUGCGUUCCGAGAUUCUCGACGCCGUUGUCAUUGGAUCGUUUGGGCCUUGCUACAGCAUCUGCUCGGUAAUUCUACUCACCAUACAAAACCAGCUCGUCCUCUCCAAACUUCGACGCGAGAUUGAUGAAGCUGUUUCUACCAGCAAAGCGCCCCAUGCAGGCGACGGAGUCAUAAGCUUCGCACAAACAAAGCAGCUUCCAUACUUGCAAGCCGUUAUUCGAGAAUCGCUACGAAUGCUGCCGCCCCUCGUAGGCCUCUUCCCCCGAAAUGUCCCCGCUGGGGGAGAUUCGGUUACAGUAGCCGGCAAGACCGUAAUCCUACCUGAAGGUACCUGCAUAGGACGAUCGGUAUAUGCCAUGUACCGCUGCAAGGAAACCUACGGCCAGGACGCUGAUGUAUUUAGACCGGAACGCUGGUUUGAGCCUGACGGUGCUAAGCUUGCGAACAUGAUUCGCGUUAACGAACUCAUUUUUAACCAUGGUAAGUAUCAGUGUAUGGGGAGGGUCAUCGCCCAUACUGAAAUAUCAAAGGCAGUCUUUGAACUGCUACGAACUUUUGACUUUGACCUUGUUGAUCGAAGGAACGCUCCUUGGAAGGCGGUCGACAUGUUUGGUGUUUAUGGGGUGUCUGAUUUCUGGGUACAUGUUAGAGAGCGUUGA